CAUAGUUGAAAAUUGAGAUAACCGCCUGCCGUGCCGCUGCCUGUACCUGAAUCGGUGGUGUAAGCCUGUGAGGGUUUCUCCAUUUUCUUCUAAAGCAUGAGGAAAUCGGAUACGAAAACCCCAAGAGGCAUAGAAUCAAGCUCUCAUGUUGAAGAAGUAGAAGAACGAGAACCGAAUCCGCCCACAAUUUUGCUCAGCAGUGAUAGCGAUGAUGUGAAGAAGAUUAAGAAGACAAAGGACAUCACGGGAACGGAAAACGAUGUUGAAAAAGGGAAGAGGAAAGAGGAUUGUGAUAAAUUGAAAGAGACUGAUGCGUUUCUGGAAAUAGAUCCUGAGGAGAAAUCUGAUAACAGUGUACUACGGAAGCUUCUUCGGGGACCUAGGUAUUUUGAUCCCCCAGAUGGCAGUUGGGGAAAUUGCUAUAAUUGUGGGGAAAGUGGCCACACCAUUGCCAACUGUGCAGCAGCUAAGCGCAAAAAGCCUUGUUUUGUAUGUGGCAGUUUGGAGCACAAUGCUAAGCAGUGCAAGCAGGGAAAAGAUUGUUUUAUCUGCAAAAAAGGUGGUCAUCGUGCAAAAGACUGCCCAGAAAAAUCCAAGGAUGGAUUUCAAAAGGCUAAAUUAUGUUUGAAAUGUGGUGAUUCUGGGCAUGACAUGUUCACAUGCAGGACUGUAUACUCCCCGGACGCUCUCAAGGAACUACAAUGUUACAUUUGCAAAUGUUUUGGGCAUCUUUGUUGUGUUAACUAUGCUACAGGUGCAAGAGAGCUUUCUUGUUACAGAUGUGGUCAAUUGGGCCAUACUGGUUUGAAAUGCACAAGUGCAAGUGUAAGUGCAGAGAUAGGCAAUGCAGCAUCACAUAGUUAUUGCUACAAAUGCGGAGAGGAAGGCCAUAAGGCACGUAAAUGCGCAAGUUCUGCCAAGAAGCGAAAGCGGAAGACCGGCUUUUCACGGCCUAAGCAGAGUCAUUUAAACAAUAACAGAGACCAUAUUGGUGUUAAGUCUGCACCUCAUGAUCUAGGGGAGGCUCGUAAAAGAAAUAAAAUACAACAUGGACAACCAACUCCAUUAGUAUUAAAUCGUAGGGGUGGGUGGAUCACCGAAGGUCGCGGUGGUUAUUACCAUGGACCUUUCAAUGCUAACAACUGGGGAUCUCCUUCAACACCAGCUAGUUACAGAUCUAAGAAUAUUUUCCAUGGAAAUCAUGGUGCUAGUCGUUAUGGUUCCGGUCUUCAGUAUGAACCUUCAGGCUCAAAUGGGGGUGCUAGGGGUCACGGUUUGGGUUUUCAGUAUGGAGCUUCCGGCUCAAAUGGGGGUGCUAGCGGUCAUGGUUUGGGCUUUAAUUAUGGACCUUCGGGCUCUAAUGUGGGCGCUAGUGGUUAUGAUUCGGGUUUUCAGUAUGAAGCUUCAGGCUCUAACGGGUAUCGACACAGGUUUUCAGCAUCGAGAUUUGGCAACUCCAGUAAUUAUGGAAGGAGAGAGUAUGGUUGGGAUUAUUAGUCGUGGUGCUGACGUAUGAAACAAAUUUUAAUGAUCUGGUACCCAAAGCGGAUGCUCUUUUGUUCAAAAAUGCUUAUGGGGAAAAACCGUGGGUCCAUGCCGAUCAAGUAGGGAAGCCUAUUGUUGUAUCUUUUGUACUCACCAUAUUUUUUUAGAAGUUGUUGUGCUCUUCAUUCCAACAUUUCUCAUUAGAUCUAGAGAAUACUCAAUUUUUUUUAUU